AUGUGGUACGCGAAAAAGUAUGAUCCUCUUCAAGCGGGAAGCAUCGAUGGUACAGAUACUGUACCACAUGAUCAUGGAAUUUUACAUGUACCCCCUUCAGAUAAAGACGAUGUCACUAGUGAUCCAUUACAUACAAUAUUUGUUGGACGAUUAAACCCAGAAACUACCGAAGGCGAAAUUUGGUACAAUCAAAAAGUUGCGGAUUUGACUGGCGAUUCUCGAGGUUAUGCUUUUAUUGAAUUCCUUCACGAAAGGUCUUGUCAAGAAGCUUACAGAUAUGCAUACAGGAUGUCAAUUGAUGGCCGUCAAAUUUUAGUUGACUACGAAAGAAAUAGAAUGAUGGAAGGAUGGAUUCCAAGACGAAUGGGAGGCGGUUUUGCUGGUCGAAAAGAAUCAGGACAACUUCGUUUUGGAGCAAGAGAUCGACCAUUUAAACGGCCUUUGAACGUAGCGGUAAAUCAAUACAUGCCCGAAAUCCUUCCUGAUCAACGAUUCGAUGAUUGUUGGCGCCGUAAAACUGAUAAAGGAGACACAAAUACUUCAUAUAUAGCAACACCAAAUUAUCGGUCCGAAUUUCAAUACCCCAAAAGUUCUCAUUUCAGUAGACAAGAUAAAUCAAAUGUAACUGGAAUAUCGAAUAAUCAGAGGUCUCCACGACAUCGGCACAGUAGUCGUCAUAGAGAAAAAUCAGAACAUCGAAGGUCAAGAAGUCGCAGCCCAUACAAUAAGGAUAGGUAUUCGGAUCUAGGUAACCAUAUACAUAAUAGAGGAAAGUAUAAAAGCCACAAGAGGCGCAAAAAUAAUCGAGAUUAUGAGCAUCGCAGAUGA